AGAGAGAGAGAGAGAGAGAGAGAGCGAGAGAGAAGAGGGAGAGAGGGUGCUCACACACUGUGCUCUACGGGAGUACAAACUAUGAUAAGCUAAUCAUAUAAUUGUAGAACAAUCUUUUGAACACGGGCGCAGAUCUGCCGGAAUGAAGAACGAAGAGACGAAAUGGAUGCGAGGAAGACGUUUUAUCUGAGCAAACAUCUCGUGGAAUCGUCUACUCAAGUGUGAUCCCACGUUCUGACAUGAGAAUGGAGACACUCCGUCAUGGCAACCGCGUGCUGCUGCUGCUGCCCCUCCUGUUGCUGCUUCUUCUGGCCGUAACUACGGACGCCGCUGCAAGAAGGAAGCCCAGCCUGAACGUCUUCCGCAACCUGACCUUUGAACCCGGCAGCAGCCAGCCGACGCAGUUGCAGCGCCUCUACCGGCGCCUCGCGCUCAAGCACGCCCGCCUGGCGGCGCUGCUGCGGCGUCGCCCUGACGACCAGAGCCGGGCGUUUCUCUCGCAGCUGCAGCGGCUGCGUCACAGCAACGACAGCCGCGUCGACGUCGUCUUCGUCGUCGACUCCUCGGACAGCGUCGGCGCCGACAACUUCGCGCACCUUGUCGGUUUCGUGCGUCGCACGUUGACGCACUUCCGCGUCGCGCCCGACGCAACCCGCGUUGCAGUCGUGCGCGUGACGACGCAAGGGCGCGCCAGCGUCGCCGUCGAUCACGUAUCGUCGUCGUCACCGUCGCCGUCGUCGUCGUCGGUCGCCGACAAGCACCAGUGUUCGUUGAUGCUGGACGAGCUAGCCGACGUUCAGUACGUCGGCGGCGGGACUCACACGACGGGUGCGCUGGAGGCGACGCGAGCGAUCCUACUGGCCGGUCGUCGGCGCUCCGUCGUCAAACGCGUCGUCUUCUUGCUGACCGACGGUCACGCGACCAGCGGAAGUCCGGCGACGGCCGUCGAGGAACUCCGUGACGUCGGCGCCGAGAUUUUCUGCGUCGGCACGACGGGCGGACACGUCGGCGAGAUGCUGCGACUCGCAUCAGCGCCCUCUCUCGAGCACACGUUCGCCGUCGACUCCUUCGCGCGCGUCGGCGAGCUGCUCGGUGGCGCCACCGCCGGCCUGGCGUGGAACUGGAAGCGGCGGUACGCUGAGGCCGCCGGGUGGCGCUGCGAUGCGUUGUGCGCGUCGGGCGACUGUUGCCACGUGACGUCACAGUGCGCGUGCGAGCUGAGAGCGCUGCAGUACGAGUGCGUGUGCAAGGCGGGUCAGUACGAGGCGCACGAGAGCGGCGAGUGUCGCGACUGCCCCGCCGGCACGUACAAGCCGCAUCGGCAGCGCGGGGGUAACGCCACCUGUCGGCCGUGCCCCGACGGACACAUGGAGUCGCCGCGAGGGAGCAAUCACCUGGAGAACUGCACCUGUAAGGCCGGCUUCCGGCUCGCCGCCGACGGCAGGUGCGAAGUGACGAGCUGCGAGCCGCUGCUGCCACCUGUCGACGGCUACUUCAUCCCGGGCACGUGCAACAACAUCUUCCACGCUGCCUGCGGCAUCCGCUGCAGUGGCGGAUACACGCUGUCCGGAUCCAGCAUCCGGAUCUGCACGGAGAACGGAACGUGGACGGGAACCCGGACGGCGUGCCGGAUCAAGUCGUGCGGCGCGCUGGCGGCGCCCUCCGACGGCACGAUGACGUGCGACAGCGGCGACGAUGACGAUGGCUUCCGCUACGGGGCCGUGUGUCGGUUCGCGUGUCGCGAGGGUUAUCAGAUGCUGGGUACGGCAACGCGGUCGUGUCUGUCGAUAGCGCACUGGAGCGGACUCCCAGUGCGAUGCCGCGAGUACACGUGCCCGCCGCUUGACCCCGUCGCUAGGGGCGUCCUCGAGCCGCCAGAGUGCGCCACGCAGCGCGCGCGUCGCGGCCUCACGUGCGUGCUGAGCUGCCAACGAGGGUUCGUUCUACAGGGUCCGAGCACGCGGCACUGUGGCGCCACCGGGCGGUGGUUGGGCGCAGCGCUCAGCUACUGCCUCGACGUGACGCCGCCGGAUGUCGUCGGCUGUCCCGGAAGCAUCGUCGCAACAACGCUUCCGGGAGAGAACUACAGCGUCGUCGCGUGGCAGCCGCCGACGGCGAGCGACAACUCCGAGCUUCCGGUGGCGCUGGUGGCGCAUCCGGACGUGGAGCUGCCGGUCAAGGUCGAGAUUGGAGAGAUGAAGGUUACGUACAAGGCCAUCGACGACAACGGCAACAGGGCGACGUGUUCGUUCGUCGUCACGGUCGAGGACAGGGAGCUGCCGCAGUACCAGUCCUGUCCGUCGUCGCUACACUACUACAUCGACGACGCCGACGCGACGGUCGUCGCCACGUGGCCCGACGUCGUCUUCACCGACAACUCCGGCGCGCCCGUGCGCACCAGCCGCAGCCACGCGCCCGGUCACGUGAUGGGCGUUGGCGACGUCCGCGUCGUCUACCAGGCGCAGGACGCCGCCGGCAACAUCAACGUCUGCGCGUUCAACGUCACCGUCAGCGUCAACGUCACCGUCGACGCCGCGGGCUUCAGCAGCAGCAGCGACAUCUGCGCACCGCCGACGCCCCCUCGCGGUGGCAACGUGAGCUGUCGUAGCGGCGGCGACGGUGCCGACGUGUGCACAGUCAGCUGUGCGGACGGGUUCGCGCUUGCCUCCGUCCCGCCGACGACGUACCGCUGCACGGCCGACGGCUGGUCGCCGACGAUGACGUUCUCUGACUGUAUCGAGGCGCAGGGCACGAUGCAGGCCGACGGCGGUGACGACGACGACGGCGACGACGACGAUGGUGAUAAUGAUAACGUUAACGAUGGCGACAACAACAACGUUAACGAUGGCGACGACGGCAACGAUGACGACAGCACUGCCACGCCGUGUCCGGCGCAGUCCUACUUGCGGCAGAUCGACGUGCUCCUGUACAUGGGAACGACGCAUGCGCGCAGCCCUGCCGACCUGUGCGAGGCUGGAGUGUUCUGUGAGGUGGCCCGCCUUCACGUCGCCUGCGCUCCCUACGAUCUCUGGUACGGAGCGCGGGGAGGAGAGGAGAGAGGAGGGGAGAGGGAGAGAAGGAAGGAGAGAAAGAGAGAGGGAAGGAGAAGGAGAGAGAGAGAGCGAGAGACAAAGAAGUUGAUAAUAAAUAUAUAACACAGGCACGAUUGCACGAUUGCAUACAGGUGCAACAUCGGUAUAUAGAGAUAUGUGAAUACAGGUGAAACACCGGUAUAUAAUGAUUGGUGAAUGCAGGUGUAACAUCGGUAUAUAGAGAUAUGUGAAUGCAGGUGUAACACCGGUAUAUAGUGGUGAUUGAGAAAUGUUAACACUGGUGUGACACCGGCAUAUAAAGAUAGAUGAAUGCAGGUGUAACACCGGUAUAUAUAGACAGAUGAAUGCAGGUGUGACACCGGUAUAUAGAGAUAUGUGAAUGCAGGUGUAACAUCGGUAUACAAAGAUAGAUGAAUGCAGGUGUAACACAGGUAUAUAGUGCUGAUAGAGAAAUGUGAAUACAGGUGUAACACAGGUAUAUAGUACUGCCAAAUGUGUAACGUUGGUAUGUAUUGCUGAUGCAGGUGAAACUCGAACAUAUAUAUCGAUGAUAGAAAUAUAACACAGGCAUACCUAGACAGUGCGCUUAUUGCUACAGCGUUGAUAUGUGCAUGGUCCUGGCAGACUUAUAACUCAAUUAUGUAUGUAUGACGCAUAUAUAUUUCUUGCACGGAGCGUAGUGCUGAUAUCUUGUAUAAUAUAAUCUUAUAAUGUAAUAAAUAACCGUGUUGUCGUGUUUUAUUAGG